AUGGCAGCUACACAGUCCUCUCUCUUGGCAUUCAUUCUCCUCCUCGCCCUCCUCCUGUCUCAGUCUCAUGGUCAUGGCGAAGCCGACAGACCAGAAGCCUUUCAGUUUCUACGUCACUUAGAAGGAAGCCGCAAGGGUGACAGAGUAAAAGGUCUCAACGAAGCCAAACGCUAUCUCCAUAGAUUCGGCUACCUCGACCACCAUAACGACGAUGACGAUUUCGACCAUCACUUGGAGUCGGCCAUCAAGACGUACCAGCUGUACUACAAUCUGAACGAGACGGGGAGCCUGGACUUCGAGACGGUGAAACAAAUGAUGCUGCCUCGAUGCGGGUUUCCCGACAUCAUAAACGGCGAGACAUGGAUGAGAUCAGGCAAGGAAAAGAACCGUCGUCUUGGUGGACGAAAGACUGCCGUCGGCUUCUCUUCUCAUUAUGCCUUCUUCAACAACUCCCUGAAGUGGCCACCUUCUAAGAUGCAUCUCAAAUACGCGCUUGAUACUAAUGUUCCAUUUGACGACGUAGUAAUGAAUCCCCUUUGUUAUGUCGCAUUCGACAAGUGGGCAGCGAUAAGCGAUUUCACGUUCGAAAGGACUUACGACCUUUCCAGUGCCGACAUCCUAAUUUCGUUUUUCAAAGGUGAUCACGGCGACGGACAUCUGUUUGACGGACCAGGAGGGGUUCUUGCUCAUUCCUUUGCACCCACCGGUGGAAGACUGCAUUACGAUUUGGAGGAGAACUGGGUAGCCGGUAUCAGAGCCGGUUCGUUUGAUUUGGAAUCCGUGGCGGUGCACGAAAUCGGUCACUUGCUUGGGCUUUGGCACACCCCUGUGACCGAAGCUGUCAUGUUCGCCUACCUAAAGGAUGGUACUCAAAAGGUGAAUCUGCACCAAGAUGACAUAGAUGGAUUACGAGCUCUUUACGGCAUUCAUUGA